ACAGGUCCGGCGGCCGCUGGGUGCCGCAUGCGGUGCAGAUCCAGCGCAGAUCCAGCGCUUCCAUUCAGGGGCUUCGUGCUGAGCGAAGAACGGCGCAUAGGCGCGUCUGGGAAAGGAGAGAAAGACCACCGGUGAGGAAAUGCUUUGGUGAAGACCCCCCUCGGGAGGCUUUGCCACAUCUCAUCGCUGUUUUACGGUGGACAGAAGCUGGAGAUGUCCGCGAUCGGAAAACUCCUUGGAUCCCUUUUAAUCUACUCCAUACUUUUUCCGCUCCUGUCGUGUGAAACCCUAGAUGAUGGCUGUGGUCCAUCUUUCCUGGGAUCGGAGAGCGGGGUUCUCUCCUCAAAGAGGUACCCUGACACCUACCCCAACAACUCGCAGUGCGAGUGGAAGAUCCGCGUGGCCAAGGGCAACAGCGGCAUCGUCUUCAGGUUCGGCGACCUCGACAUCGAGGCAUCGCUGUGCGAGUCGAGCUACGUCCGAGUCUUCCCGGGGCACCACGGCGAUGGUUCCGUGUACGACACCUUCUGCGGCCAACCCAAAUCCCCGCCCUCGAAGCUGUAUGCCAACUCCACCGAGGUUACCGUCCAGUUCCGGAGCGGCACGCACAUCUCCGGUCGGGGAUUCCUCCUGUCCUACGCCGCGGUGGAACACGAAGAUCUGAUCACAUGCUUGGACACGGGCAGCCGAUUCCCUACUUUGAAGUACAGGAAGUACUGUCCAGCAGGAUGCAAGGCUGAGCCUGGGGACGUCUCCGGGGACAUUUCCCAGGGAUACCGACAUACGUCAGUCCUGUGCAAAUCUGCUAUCCACGCUGGGGUCAUCACGAACGAGCUGGGAGGGCAGAUCUACGUGGAGGCGAGGAUGGGUUUGAGUCACUACCCUGGUACCAGAGCCAAUGGAAUCCAGUCCAAAGCUGGCUCUUUGUCGGAUACGCUCUUCACGUUCAACAGCAGCGCCUGCAAGAAUCAGAUGAACCUGCAGCCCGUGUCCAGGAACGCAAGCUCCUGGCUCAACAUCGCCGGCAUGGACGAGGAAACGGGCUCGCCGGGUGCGGGGAGCCUGUGGCUCGCAGACAACAGCAGCGCCAAGCACUGGCUUUAUCUGGACCUCGGCGAGAAGAAGAAAGUCACAGAGAUCAUAACUGCAGGUUCUGCACAGUUGGGCUGGUUCGUCCGAACGUACAGGGUAGAGCACAGGGAGAGGAACCGCUGGAAGUCCUACACACAGAACAACGGCUCCAAGGACGUGGACGUGGUGUUUGAGGGAGAUGAAGAUGGCCACCCGUCCCGGAACACCUUCCACCCACCCCUCGUGACCCGGUAUCUGCGUAUCAUCCCGCUCAGUUGGCACCGGCAGGUGGCCAUGACAGUGGAACUACAUGGCUGUCCUUACGUCAAAGCAAACUCAUCUGAACCAGAAACCCUGAAGCCCAGAAGCAAGGCGAGUGGCGAGGCGGCCGACCUGGGUGCGUGCUCGUGGCCCGUCUGCUGGGAUGUGCAUGCAACCACGACUGGACCCGACGUGACUCACCCGCUCUCUGGUUCUGUUCCUGCAGUCAAGCUGCUCAUCAUCACUGUGCCCACAGUGCUGUGCGUGCUCAUUCUGUUUGUCGUCUUCUGUUCCUGUAAAAUGCUGCACAGGAAAAAGGCCAAAGACAAAGGCUAUGGAUCCUCAAACGACAAGAAAUCAGGCUGCUGGAAGCAGAUCAAGCAGCCUUUCGUGAGGCAUCCAUCAGGCGAGUUCACCAUCAGCUACAGCCCUGAGAAAGAGCCCAUGCAGAAGCUGGACCUGAUCACCAGCGCCAUGGCUGUGGAGUACCAGCAACCCCCGAUGAUCGGCAUGGACACCGUGACCCGGAAGGGCUCCACAUUCAGGCCCAUGGACAACGAUGUCAAAGAAGAAUCCGGCGAUGCUGUCACCCACUAUGACUACUUGCACACAGUCAAUCAGUACGCCCUGCCGCUGACCAAUCCGGAGCCGGAGUACGCCACACCUAUCAUCGAGCGCCACACCUUCCGGAAGGAUGGCUUCCUGCCCGACCCCAGCUACAGUGUCCCGGGGACUGUCCUCAGCAAAACGCCCUCCUUCACGGCUGGGAGUCAUGGCACCGGACGGGGUGACGGAGCCUAUCAGAUGCCGCAGGUUAAGGCGGAAAGGCUGAGCAGCCCAGAGGGAGUUUAUGACAAACCCAAAGUGGGCUCAUCGCCUCUGCCGAACGGCAUCAGGUCAGACUACCAGAGGCCUCAAGCGAAGCCUUUGUUAGCGAAGAGCUACUCCACACAGAGGGACUGUGUGAAGCGGGCCGACCCUGUGGCCCGCGGGCCAGAGCAGGCGGGGACCACAGGUGGAACCUGAUGGCUCAUGCUGGCCAGAUGGGACAACACCUCGAUUUUAUCCAUCUCACAGACGCCUCCCGUUCAGUUCGCCUGAGACCAUGUUUCUGACGUGCCAACAGUGCAACGGCUUUUGUUUCGUUUUCGUUGGUGUGUUUGCUUACUAGCAGUAUGACUCCAAAUCCCUCAAAAAUGGGGUGCGCUCAUUUCGUCUCCCACAGCCCCUUUAUAUUCACGUUGCCUCUGUCAGUACACGUCUUUCUGGAUGUUUUUGGAGACAGGCCUGGGCACGUAAACCUGGCUGCGAAUGUACCCCAACGUACUUUGGGGACUCUCAGCUCUUAGCAAAUGGUGUGACAGAGGGAAUGGAUAAGCUUUUAGCUGAUACUAAGAAUAUCUGUAAAUGUGAUGUCCAGUAGUCAGCCAAUCGAAAUUUGUCGGAGCAAGAGAUUGAUUUAUGGCCUCCUUUGUUUAUUCCUUCCUGGAAUUCCCUGGAGUUCACACGGGAAUUUUGUCCAAGUGUAUCCAGUCGAUUCGUUCCUCUUUAAAGAUGGCACUCCUCAGAUAAGAUGUAGAGGAUCUGAUAGACACCAUACUAGUGGGGGGCAACGGGCGAGUGUUGGUCCGUAGGGGGAAAGUGAAGGAUUGUCCUUCGCAAUGUAUGUGGCUGCAGCGGAGACCAUGUGACCCAGCACAAGGGAAUUCCCAGGAAAAGGGCGGGGGGGGGGGUGGCCACAAUGAGCGUUUUGUCACCAGCAACGCAGGUGCCUCGGGGAAGAGGAUGGCAUGCAGGCUUAGCCAAUCAGAGGUCCUGCACAUGGAUAUUAUGGGAUGUUUUAGGAUGUUAACUGGACCACGUGAAUGUGGGGUUUUUUUUGUUUUUUUUAAAACCGUUCGGUUUAAAGAGUGAAAAUAAUUUCUAAUUUGGAUGGUUAUUUUAAUUGUGCUCAAAUUUUAAAAAUGAAUCAUUUAUUUAUCUUUUUUUUUUAUUGCGUUUUCGGACUGGUCCCAGGUAAAGGACGACUCCUUCGCUGACUGUAUAUUUACAUAUUUGUGCAGAUCGUCAUCGGCUGUAUAUUGUGAAUUGAAAAGACGUCAUUGUCACGUGCUGUGUCACUUGCACCUUUGUGCAGUUGCUGCUUGUUGCUGCUCUAUGUGGAGAGAUUGGUGGGUAGGAGAGCUUUGAUUUCUGUGAAAUGUGUAAGGGG